AUGGAGACCAUAACCUUGAGGGUGGAGACCAUGAUGCCCGAAGCCCUCCAUGAGGCUAUUGGGGAUGUGAAUCCGUCCAUCAUCGUGACUGCCAUCGUCGGGCUGUUCAUGAUCCUGGGUUUCGUGGCAUUCAGAUCCGUCUUGUCGGAAAGAGUUCUCCCUGGCGUGCCUCAACUCAAAGGAGUCCCGAUCCUUGGUGCUAUGCCUAUCUACCUUAAGCAUGGAAUGCCUUUCCUUCUCGGUAAACUCAUUGCCGCUGGCGAGGAUGGCAUCUCAUAUGCCAACGUUGUCAACAACAUCUUGGUUUCGGUCCACGACCCGGAUAUGGUGAAAGAAGUCCUGUCAUACCCUGAAGAAAUCGCAUCUCGGGAGGGUGACCCUGGAAGGAUGAGCUGGUCUCCUUUCUGGACUCUUCGACGACUCAUCGGUAACUCUCUUUUCAAUUACGUGGGGCCUGAGACAAGCCACCAGCGCAAUGUCUUCAUCAAGGAGUUCAACAAUACCAAGUCCAACGCCGAAAAAAUGGCGACCAUCUCUCGGAUUGCUCAAGAGCAUGCCAACGCCUUGGCUGGCCAGGCCAAGUCCGCUCACGUGGAUGAUAUCAGAUACUCAGCAGACAACUUCGCCAUUGCCCUUUGGGGAGAGACUCUCUAUGGAAACCCCGACCACUACAAAGGUGGCCAUGUGUUGGAACUAUCAGAGACCAUCAUUAACUUGGCUGGUGACCCAUGGCCUUCUGUCUGGUACUCAUUGCAGUUGAUCUUGAAGUUGGUUAAGCCCGGUGAUCCCACACGCUCUGAAGCCAAGCUCCGCCAAAGAGUUGCUAAGAUUGUUGAACGCAAUGUCGAGAAACUUGAGGCAUUCGAGAAGAGCAACCCAGACGCUCCUUUGAAGACCAUCCGCCAACUAUCCGUCAUGACUGGUGGUGGCCGAACCGGCCCUCUCUCCAAGUUCGCCUCUGAAUUCACUAACCUAAACCUUUUCGGUGGUCACCACAGUAUUGGCUUGAACGUCGUCUGGUCCAUGAUUGAGCUCGACAAGCACCCUGAAUGUCUGAAGAAGCUUAUCGCCGAAAUCGACUCUGUUGACACCACCGACUUCAAUGCCGUCAACUCCAAGAUGCCCUAUCUUGACGCCAUCAUUAUGGAAAUCAACCGUCUGCACCCUACCGUCCACGCCACCCUCCGAGUCAUCAACCGCGAAACUACCCUCAAGGCCAGCAAGAAGCCCGUUGUCUUGAAGCCAGGCAUGCUUAUUUACCUUUCCUACCUCCACCUCCACACUUCGCCUAAAUUCUGGGGCCCUGAUUCCUACGAGUUCGUUCCGGAGCGCUUCCUCGGCAACUACGACAAGAGCAGGCCAUUCAUGUCCUUCGGAUACGGCCCACGAAACUGCGUCGGAUAUAAAUUCGCCACUCUUGCCGCCAAGAUCUACCUUCUCACCCUUCUCAAGACCUACGACAUCCGUGUGAAGGAACACGACCACGAGAUGAGACUCGGCACACUGCUUGAGACCACCAAGCCUGUCGCUGUGGAAGUCACCCGCAGGGGUUAA